AUGUUCUGUGUCACUGCUGUGGCCGACUCAUCUCCCUCUGUCACAAGGAAGCUCUUGGGUUCAACGAAGAAAGUCAAUGUGAACUUCCAGGACACAGACGGGUUUUCUCCUUUACAUCAUGCAGCACUCAUUGGGAGUGCAGAGGUCAUCUCUCUGCUGCUGGAGUGUCAGGCGGCAGUGGACAUCAGAGACCAGAAAGGCAUGCGCCCGCUGCACUACGCUGCGUGGCAGGGCCGAGCUGAGCCCAUGAAGAUGCUGCUUAAAGCUGGUUCUUCUGUGAACGGUCAGUCGGACGAGGGACAGAUCCCCUUGCACCUGGCAGCGCAGCACGGACACUACGAUGUGUCGGAGAUGCUCCUACAGCAUCAGUCGAAUCCCUGUAUCGUGGAUAAUGCAGGAAAGACUCCCCUGGACUUGGCCUGCGAGUUUGGACGUGUGGGGGUGGUGCAGCUGUUGUUAUCCAGCAACAUGUGUGCUGCAUUGUUGGAGCCAAAAAAAGGAGACACCACAGACCCCAAUGGGACGUCCCCAUUGCAUCUGGCUGCAAAGAAUGGACACAUAGACAUCAUACGACUCCUGAUCCAGGCUGGUAUCGACAUCAACAGACAGACCAAAGCAGGCACUGCCCUGCACGAAGCAGCUCUGUGUGGCAAGACUGAUGCAGUGAGACUCCUGCUGGAGUGUGGGAUCAAUGCCACAGUGAGGAACACCUACAGCCAGACGGCCCUGGACAUUGUUUACCAGUUCACUGCGACGCAAGCCAGCAGAGAGAUCAAGCAGCUGCUGAGAGAUGCGUCAGCCGCUCUCCAGGUCCGAGCACUCAAGGAUUAUUGCAACAACUACGACCUGACAAGUCUCAACAUCAAAGCAGGAGAUGUCAUCACGGUGUUAGAGCAACACCCAGAUGGUCGCUGGAAAGGCUGUAUCCAUGACAACCGGACCGGAAAUGACAGAGUGGGCUACUUCCCGUCCACCAUGGUGGAAGUCAUCAGCAAGCGUACAGGUUUGGCCAGCACAGUCAUUUGCACCCAACAGUUUCAAAAGAUACCACUGGUCCCCCCGGCCGACGCGGUAGUCAACGGCAACGACACCACGUUCCAUCAGAUCCAUAUCCUGCCUCCACCGCCUCCUCCACCACCACAUUCCCAUCAGCCACUGCUUCCACUUUUCACUUCCUUUGGCUAUAGCAGGUCGCCCGUGACGACCCCACAGGGAGACACACCCACUGCCCCAGGUUGUCGCGGCUCAGAGGCCAGUCCUCACAGCUCUCCCACCCCAUCCAGCGGGCCCCAUGGAGGCUCCAACGAGGAGAUCUGGGUACUGCGCAAGCCCGCGGCAGGUGGCGACCGCAGUAGUCUGGGCAGUUCCAGCAGCGUGGCCAGCGUCAGGUCGUCGGGCAGCGGGCAGAGUGCGGGCAGCGCUCCGCACGUCCUCCACGCUCAGGCGGAAGGGGUCAAGCUCUUGGCCACAGUGCUGUCGCAGUCGACCAAAGCCAAGGAACACUUAAUGGAGCAGUCCAAGUCCGUGGAGCAGACAGGCUCGGCCCCUUCCUCGCGGACGUCGAGCCAAUCGAGCUGCCCGCUCCACGAAGCGCCUCCCUACGACUCCGUGCCCACUCGGAAGGCAGAGGGAGCCGGGGAGGGGAAGCGCUUCCUCUCGCAACUGGCCGCCUCAGUCCUGCGAGUUUUUGGAUGCAGCCAUGACCCGAGCUCAGAGGCUGUUGUCCAGUGGCUGAACGACUGUCAGCUGCAGGUCUACGCUCCAAACUUCCUGAGCGCGGGUUAUGACCUGCCCACCAUUAGCCGAAUGACCCCCGAGGACCUGACGGCCAUCGGAAUCACAAAACCCGGCCACAGAAAGAAAAUCAGUUCUGAGAUUAACAAGAUCAGCGUCACAGAGUGGUUGCCAGAGCACAAACCAGAUAAUCUCGCCGAGUGGCUGAACGCUAUUGGUUUAAGUCAGUACCAUCAAGUUCUGGUGCAAAACGGAUACGAGAACAUCGACUUUAUCACAGACAUCACAUGGGAGGACUUACAGGAAAUUGGAAUCACAAAACUUGGGCACCAGAAGAAGCUGAUGCUGGCAGUGAAGCGCUUAGCUGAGAUGCAGAGAGGGACAGAUGGACGCGGCUCCAUGAGAAAGAAACCUCCACCAAUCACAAUGCAGCAGGAAGUGACUUCUAUGGACAGUCCGCCCCCAGACGAGCUGAUGUCACCUAAGAUGAGCACCUUCCAGGACAGUGAGCUGAGCACAGAGCUGCAGAACGCCAUGGGCCAUCCCGCCCCAGAGGCCAAAGCCCAGCGAGCGCGCACCCUGAGCCGUGACCACGAGGAGGCGGUGAACCACACGGGACCCCCCAAGAAAGAGGCGCGCACCAUGAGGCAACAGAGCAGCACCUCGUCCUCCCACCGGGGCAGCGCGUCGUCCCAGGGCAAACACCGACACUCCCACUCCCAGCCCGCCCCACCAUAUACCCCGCCACACACUCCCACCAAGACCAGGACCUCCUCUUCCUCCUCCAGCUCCUCAGUGCAGGGUACGGCGCCCCCGCAGGCUAAACCCAGAACUUCUCCUCAGCUCAGCCAGGGGGAGAGACCUCAGUCCCCACGAACACAGCCGCCACAGUCCCCCACUUACCGAGCCCCCUGCAGCCCACAGACGCAAGCCCAGGAGAACGCACAAGUCCCACUCCUGUGUCUGCCCCCGGAGCCGGACACGGUGGAGGAGGAGAGCGAGGAGGCUCUUCAGAUGAGACGCACACGCAGUUUGCAACGCCACGCUGUUUCCGACAGUGAGUGCGAUGACACCAUAGUCCAGAAUUCCACGGCGGUAAGAACAGAAGGAAUUAAAUACGCCACAGUGACUCACCGCGUCAGCCGCAGCCACUCAGCUCGCAACCAGGACAAGACCCUCAACCACAUCAAAACUCAGUCCAUCGCCCUGCGGCAGAAGAAGAAGGGCCCGCCACCGCCGCCUCCCAAACGCUCCAGUUCAGCCAUCUCCACCUCCAAUUCUAACUUGUGUGAGGCCACCACACCGCAGCCCACCCACAGCACCACAGGGGGCAUGCUGGAUGUGCCCUACCACCAGCAGCGGCGGGCCAGUGAUCUGGGCGUGUCUGUGGAGAGCGGGGCAGUGAUCGAGACCACCAGUGUGGGCAGCGUGAGGAGCAUCGCCGCCAUGUUGGAGAUGUCGUCCAUCGGGGGCGGAGCUAAAGGGAUGGCGCUGCAGAAGAAUUUCCUGCAGGUGGGAAAAACUCGUGAAACAGUGGGUCUGGAUGGGGAGGUGAUAAACAGGCGGAGGACCAUCAGCGGCCCGGUCACCGCGGAGCUCGUGGCUGCGGCCAUGAGAGAGCAGCCUCUGACGGCCUUCACCCCUAACGCUGUCCCCAAAGCGCCCUCUCCAAACCCGCCGGCCUCCCCUCAGCCCCCCUCCUCCCCUCACCCUGGCUCUGCUGGCAGCGGCAGUGGCAGCUCGUCUGAAAACCUCCCGUUUGCUAAAGAGGGGAGUCUGACCAUCCGACGACAGGGGCGCGGUGAAGAAGAAGGACAGUGUGUAUUUUGUGUGUGUCUGCAGGGGGACCGGGAGCCCGCCCAGCCAGAGGCCGAGUACCCUCAGGAGGAAGUGCCCAGCACGGAGACCACCCCCACCUUGAAGCGGCGGCCGCGGAAGAACCAACCCAACGGCACCGACUUCACCCUGCAGGAGUCGUCCACGGUCAAGCGACGCCCGAAGAGCCGCGACAAAGAACCGGAGGGAUACCACGAACUCAAGACCCCCAACGGAGAGAUGACGGCCAACACCUGCCAGCCCGUCCCGUACCAGAACGGCAUGGUACAGCGCAGGUCUGUGGGGGAGGGAGUAACAGAGCAGCCCCAGAGGGAGAUGGGACCACCCCCCAGAAGGGACAGUCUGGACCAGGGGGCACAGCUGGAGGGUGAGGGGGCUCCAGCGAGGAAACCCAAGCCCCCGGUGUCGCCCAAACCUGUGGUCGCCCAGAUCCGGAGACAGGCGGGACUCACGAACCAGGCACAAGGUCAACCAGGGUCUAACAGGAGGGUCCCACUGCCCGGACCGGGGACUGACCACAUCCCAGCUGAAGGCAAGAGGAUCCCCCCACCUGUCUCCCCUAAACCCACUCCCCCUCCAACGGCGCCCAAACCCGUCAAACUGCUGAACUCCACAACCAGCCCGCCCUCGUCCAGCCCCGCGCCCGCUACGGUCAGACAACACUCUGUGGUGGGCCCAGCGUCCAGCUCCCCUCCACUGCUGAACCAGACCAGUACCCCCAGUCCACCCAACAAGUCCCCCAGCCCCAUUCCCAACGCACAGACCCCGCCCACGCCACAGACUCCGCCCACUCCACAGACUCCACCAACUCCACAGACCCCGUCCACGCCGGCCACGCCCAGCCCCACGCCGCCACCCAUCAAACCACCGCGCUCGUCUAUCGGGGGCGUGUCCGUGGACAGUGGGAUGGGCACACAGGGCAUGCCGGGGACACCGGGCAGCACAGGCCUCAUUCAGUCUCCCGCCAACGCCAACACGGACCUGAGCGUGGACGCUCUGGUGCAGCAGAAGCUGGAGGAGACCAGCGCCUCUCUGGCUGCGGCGCUGCAGGCCGUGGAAGACAAGAUCCUGCGGCACGACGACUCCAUCGCUGAGCAGAAGUCCACCGUGAGCAUCCUGGACGACAUCGGCAGCAUGUUCGAUGACCUCGCUGACCAGCUGGACGCUAUGUUGGAGUAA